GUUGAGUCUUCCCAAAACCCUAGUGUGCCAUUUCUUCCUCGUCACUUCCCUUCCCCAACCCGCCACCAAUGGCCGCAGCAGCUCGUCCCAUCAUCAGUGUACAAGCCCUUGAGGGCGAUAUGGCCACCGAUGAAGCCCAGACAGUUCCGCUUCCCGAUGUUAUGAAGGCGGCGAUUCGACCCGAUAUCGUUACCUUUGUCCACUCCAACGUCUCCAAGAACAGUCGGCAACCCUACGCUGUCAGCAAGCGCGCUGGUCACCAGACUUCUGCCGAAUCAUGGGGUACCGGUCGUGCAGUGUCCCGUAUCCCCCGUGUCCCGGGUGGUGGUACCCACCGCGCCGGUCAGGCAGCUUUUGGUAAUAUGUGUCGUGGUGGACGCAUGUUCGCUCCGACUAAGAUUUGGCGCCGCUGGCACCGUAAGAUCAAUGUCAUUCAGAAGAGAUACGCUGUCGUUUCAGCCAUUGCUGCCUCUGCAAUUCCAUCCCUCGUGAUGGCCCGGGGGCACAGAAUUGAGUCUGUUCCUGAAAUGCCUCUAGUUGUCAGUGAUUCUGCCGAAGGUGUUGAGAAAACUAAGGAAGCCAUCAAAGUGCUCAAGAAGGUCGGUGCUUUUCCUGACGCUGAGAAGGCAAAGGACAGCCAUGCAAUCCGUCCUGGGAAGGGUAAAAUGAGAAAUCGUCGAUACAUCUCUCGCAAGGGUCCUCUGAUUGUGUAUGGAACUGAGGGCGCAAAGGCUGUGAAAGCUUUUAGAAAUAUUCCUGGAGUUGAGAUCGUGAAUGUGGAGAGAUUGAACCUUCUUAAAUUGGCUCCUGGUGGUCACCUUGGGAGGUUUGUUAUUUGGACUAAGUCUGCUUUUGAGAAGCUCGAUUCGAUUUAUGGAUCAUUCGACAAGCCAUCAGAGAAGAAGAAAGGGUACCUUCUUCCUAGAGCUAAGAUGGUUAAUUCUGAUUUGGCAAGGAUCAUCAACUCUGACGAGAUUCAGUCCGUUGUGAGGCCCAUCAAGAAAGAAGUCAAGCGGGCACCACUCAAGAAGAACCCGCUCAAGAAUCUCAAUGCUAUGUUGAAACUGAAUCCAUAUGCCAAAACCGCUAAGAGGAUGUCACUUCUAGCUGAAGCGCAGCGUGUGAAAGCAAAGAAAGAAAAGCUUGAUAACAAGAGGAAGUCUGUUUCCAAGGAGGAGGCUUCUGCUAUAAAGGCUGCUGGAAAAGCUUGGUAUCAAACCAUGGUGUCUGAUUCUGAUUACACGGAAUUUGAGAGCUUUUCUAAGUGGCUAGGUGUUUCCCAGUGAAGUAAAUCGCAAAUUUUGCCUUCUGUUUCGAUUCUAUUGCAUCUCAUUUGCAUUUUUUGACAAGUUGAUCAUAGGUGGGAGGAAAUUAGCUGGACGACGGGGGUAUUAUAUUUAUGUGCAUUUUUUCCCUCCCACCACAGUUUACUUGCCGUUACUGGUUAGUUGAGAGAGUUUUUAUAAUUAGGACUGCAUUUAAAUACCUUGAGAUCCAAGUUGUCGCCAUACCGCAUCUGCAAGUUAGACCAUAUGAAAUUUUUUCGUUGAGUAAUAUCAUCACCCCUUUUCCUUUGCCUAUCAA